GAAAAACCUGAAAAAGUCUACGUCUAGGCCAGCAGGGGGACCAUGUAUGUCCUUUCUCUCCGUUCUUUUUCUUGCGUCUUCUCUUCUUCUCUCUAUACUAUCUCCAAACUUCAAACCGAAACCUGACAUUCUUCAAAAACGUGCCUUCUUUCUCUCUCUUGAAAGUACUAGCACUCAACAACUUUGAGCUCUAUCUUUCUUAUUAAAAAAAAAAAAAAAAGUUUUUGGACGAAAAUACCCUCCAUCUUUGUACAAAACUCUUGAUUCUAUUUUUCUACAGUCAAAGAUCCCUCUGUUGCUAAAUCAAUAUUCAGGAGUUUCAGAUUCUCUCUCUCGGUCAUGAAAGUUCUGCUCAGUACAAUACUAUCAAUAAUAGCAAUAGUAAAAUAGCAGUGGAAAAAAAUAAUAAAUUAAAAAAAAAAAAAAUAAAGUAUGGAUUUGAUCGAGGGCGUCGGAGAGAGCUCGUCGCCGCCGCGGAGUUUCGGCGCUUACGAUUUGCGAAACGACGUGUACAAUCGAUUGGUGGAGAACGGUAACGAAGAGGCGGUGUCGAAUCCUGAGUUUCGGGACCUCUUGGACGCUCACUUCAGUCGCUUGCCCCCAAGUUAUGGACUUGAUGUAAAUAUGGAUAGAGUGGAAGACAUAUUAUUACAUCAAAAGCUUCUUGCCAUGGCAAAGGACCCGGAGAAGCGUCCUGUUUAUCAUAUCCGUUUCUUGGAGAGUAUGUGUAUUAGAACAGAUAGUGAUGGUGAUCAGCAAUUAAUAAGUGCUUUAUCUACCCCAAGGCCAUCUUGUGAUACUUCUGAUGAAGGAGUCGUGCCAACACAUAAGAGAAUCAAGGAUUGUGCAAUUGACUUUGAACCUUGCUCUAAGCUUGAGGACCUAAAUUUAGAUGUUAAAAGGAAUCCCGAAGACAUGGAGGAGAGAUAUCUUACAAAGAACCAUUCUGGAAGGCAAGAACUUUCACACAUUCCAAUACAUGAAGUAAUAUUUUCUACUACUGACAAGCCGAAGCUUCUAAGUCAGCUUUCUGCAUUGCUUUCGGAUAUAGGACUGAACAUCCGUGAAGCACAUGUGUUCUCAACAACUGACGGCUACUCUUUGGAUGUGUUUGUGGUGGAUGGGUGGCCUGUUGAGGAUACAGAUGGUUUGAUUGAAGCUAUGGAACAAGCAGUUGCUAGAAGUGAGGGAUCAUGGUCACGUUCUUCAUAUUCUCAUUCAGCUGUGGAAAAAGCAUUGUCUGCAGAAACAAAAUCUGGAGAUUGGGAAAUAGAUAGAAAAUUAUUGAAGAUGGGAGAUAGAAUUGCAUCUGGCUCUUGUGGAGAUCUGUAUCAAGGAGUUUAUUUUGGUCAGGAUGUUGCUGUUAAGAUUCUUAGAUCUGAGCAUUUGAAUGAUGCUCUGGAGGAUGAGUUUGCUCAAGAAGUGGCAAUUUUAAGGCAAGUCCAACACAAAAAUGUUGUUCGUUUUAUUGGUGCGUGUACAAAGUUUCCACAUCUGUGCAUUGUAACAGAGUAUAUGCCUGGAGGAAGUCUCUAUGAUUACUUGCAUAAGAAUCAUAACAUCUUGGAACUCUCUCAGUUGCUGAAAUUUGCAAUUGAUGUAUGCAAGGGCAUGGAAUAUUUGCACCAGAAAAAUAUAAUUCACAGGGAUCUGAAGACAGCAAAUUUGCUGAUGGACACUCAGAAAGUUGUUAAGGUAGCAGAUUUUGGAGUUGCUCGAUUCCAAAAUCAAGGGGGAGUAAUGACAGCAGAGACGGGAACAUACAGAUGGAUGGCACCUGAGGUUAUAAACCAUCAACCAUAUGAUCAGAAAGCAGACGUGUUCAGUUUUGCAAUAGUACUGUGGGAGCUAGUGACAGCCAAGGUUCCAUAUGAUACCAUGACUCCACUGCAAGCUGCCUUGGGUGUGAGACAGGGACUGCGUCCAGAUCUUCCCAAGAAUGCACAUCCCAAGCUGUUAGAAUUGAUGCAGAGAUGUUGGGAAGCGGUUCCUGAUAAUCGCCCUUGCUUCUCUGUGAUAACAUCUGAACUAGAAACUCUCCUUCAAGAAGUUCAGAUAACUUCAGAAGUAGUGAACGGUACUUGAACAUUCCUAGUAUGCGAUAUUCUAAGCGGCUCAUUUUCAGGCAUGUGGGUGAGGAUUUUUUCUUCUUGUUUUUGGUUCUUCACCAGUUAGAUAUGAGGUAAUUUUGUACAAACUGAAAGGAAAAUUCAGAAGCCUGUGUAAUACAAAGUGAGGAGAGUAUCAUGAUUUGUAUUCGAUGUAUACACUCUUCCAGGGACUGUAAGAAAACCACGAUAAAAUCUCGGUGAAAAUUGUUUUGAGCAAUGGUCAUACUUUAGAGUGGAUAUAAAACAAUUACACUGGAACUAGUGCAUGCCUUUUGUGACUGCUUCAGGUCUUGGCUU